UUGACAAUGUAAUUCUCGUAGCCUCGAAAAACAUAGGUGGGCUCACUUGAAAUGUCUUUCUAGUGUCUAUAUUAGAUAUCGAAUACAUUUAAAGAUCCUGUAUUCCAUGAAGUUGGACUUUGUGCUUUAGGCAAUCUGGAGGAUAUAACAAAUAGAGAAGUCAGUUAAAGCCCCACGUAAUUUAAGGUCUUCUAGUGCCCAGCGCUGGUCAACAGAACCGAAAUGGCAUCUGCCCCUGCGCAGCAGCCCACCCUCACAGUGGAACAGGCUCGAGUGGUGCUGAGCGAGGUGAUCCAGGCCUUCUCUGUGCCGGAGAACGCAGCGCGGAUGGAAGAGGCCCGGGAGAGCGCGUGCAACGACAUGGGCAAGAUGCUGCAGCUGGUCCUCCCCGUGGCCACCCAGAUCCAGCAAGAGGUCAUCAAGGCCUACGGCUUCAACAACGAGGGCGAAGGUGUCCUGAAAUUUGCCAGGCUGGUGAAAAUGUAUGAAACACAGGACCCAGAAAUCGCAGCCAUGUCUGUCAAACUUAAGUCCCUCCUCCUACCACCUCUUUCAACACCUCCGAUUGGAGGAGGCAUCCCAGCCUCCUAGGCUGGCCAAUGAUCAGUGUGGAAACCACAUAACUUUACUUUGGUCAUUCUGUGAAAGAAAAAAAAAUGAAAUUGGAAAAAGUGCAGGAGCAUUUUUUUCCAUUACAAAAGGGUCAUUUUUAGUCGAUGGGAUUCCAUUACAUUUUUGUUAUAACAUUCCCAUGGCAUUUGUCUGGAGUUCAGUUCAACUGAAAGGACCACUGCCCUCUUUGCCAACAUGUAAGCCAAUGCCAUUGUCCAGGCUACUGAUCCUGUUACAUGUGCUAAAAUAGUGUAAAGGCAAAGGCCGUUAUUUUACCUUCGUUAGAGAUUCGGAAACAGAUGUGUGUUUUGCUUAUGUUGAUGAUAAUGACUUUUCAGACAUGUCUUUGUUUUGUACCAUACAGCCUACCUAAUGUUAAAAGACUACUCCGUUUGAAGUGCUCAUUUUCCAUUACGCAUUAUGUUUAUUCCUAUUACUCCUCCUGCUUGUACUACCCUGGCAUUUUAAAACAUUGUUAGACCUGUGCAUCUUACCUUGCCUGUCUGCGGACAGAAGAAACGCAAUGUACAGUAGAUGCCUCGUGACACACGUUUUUGUUGCACUGACUGAGAAGGCCCAAAUAUUUAAAUGGAAAUAUUGAAUUAUGAAAUUCAGAGAGAACCAUGAAUGCCAACAGCAGCCAAUUUGCCUGUAUGUUUUAAAACGUGUAUAUAUUUCUCAUCUUUUACAUCUGUUGACACUGACAGCUUGCCUACUAUCAUUGAAAAUGAAUAGGUGGUUUGUUGUUGUUUAUUAUUUCUUAAUAAAUGUGUAUUACUAACAA